GACAACGACGUCUUCAAGGACUUCCGUCUCAAUCCAUUUUUCGACAACCUCCAGCUCGACUCUUUUCAGAAAACAGUUUUAUGUCUCAGUGUUAGAAGUAGCGCCAAUCAGGAUCUUAAAGUACAAGCUUUUGACAUUCUUUCUGAGAAUUUCGAAUCCUUCCUUUCGAUCAUACGCGACGCUUCUCACUACUCGACUGCACUGACUGAAGAGAACAUUGCUGUGAUUGUGAAUCAAUACAAUCAAGAGCCUGCUCUGCCCUUUUUCAACGCUGAGAGCCGUUCAGCUUUAUACUCUGCCAUCGUCUCCCGCUUUGCUCCAUCACCCCCACCUGCAUCGAUAGCCCCCUACCUUCAACUUCUUGCUGAUUCCAAGGCCCCAAUGGAGUCUCUUCAGAAGCUGAUCGCAUCUCUGGGGCCUAAUAUUCAGCAGUCAAUCGAUGAUUUGGCUUAUGACAGCAAAACUUUGAUCGCAGUUGCUAACGCUGCCAUCGAGUCUAAUCUCGUUGACGAGCUAACCAGCUUCCAGCCAUAUUUCUUUACUCUCGAUGUGUUUUCGCACUUGGCACGUGCCGGAAAAUACCCUCUCCAGAAAUAUCUUGAUCAAAACCUGACAAAUGACUCUCCGGCUUUUGUCUCUGCUGUCUUGACAUUCCUGGACUUGAAAUCAAGUGCCGAAUACUCACAACAGCAGCAGCAACAGCAGCAGGAAGAGCAAAUUCCUGAGCCGGCUGACUUUUUGUCACUUCAUGUUCAAGUUGUGCACGAUUUGCUUCAUGUUUUACUUUCUCGAACAAUUCCUCUCGAAUUCGUCGACAAAUGGGAACAUGUCCAAGCCAAGUGCAUUCAAACCUACCCCCGCCUCAUCAACCUAGGAAGCGGCCAUGAUUCGGCGGUACUGGCCAACAGCAACGAGACUGGCUUUUCUGCCGAGGUGGAGAAGAGAAUGAAGUACUACUACCAGCGAAUGUACGAGCAGGAGAUGUCGAUUAGCGAUGUCAUCACUCUUUUGCAGGAGCUGAAGGUCUCUGACGACCCGAACGAGCAAGAUGCUUUCUCCUGCAUGGUGCAUUCGCUGUUCGACGAGUACCGGUUUUUCCCCGAUUACCCUCUUCCCGCGUUAGCUACCACAGCCGUUUUGUUUGGAUCGAUUAUUCAGUUCCAUCUGAUUGAAGAUCUGCCGCUGGCGGUCGCCUUGCGCUUCGUUCUCGAGGCUCUCAAGGAGCCUCCAGACGCCAAAAUGUUCAAGUUUGGAUUGCAGGCGUUGAUGCAGUUCCAAUCUAGGCUCGACACCUUCCCCCACUAUUGCACACUACUACUCCAGAUCCCUUCGUUAGAAGCAGUUCAGCCCCAACUGAUUGCCAAACUUAGGGCCCUGAUUAUGAAAGAUGGAAACAGUCUUGGCGGCAAUGGAGCGAUUGAUCAAUCAAUUGACAAUGAUGCGCCGCCACCACCCCCUCCGUUUCGUUCUCUUCAUUUGGACUCUGACUCUGCCGGCCCCAGCGAGACAGCGUCCGAAGACCCGAACGAGGACGUACAGGACAAAGUGCUCUUUAUCGUCAACAACCUUGCCCCCACAAAUGUUGAACAGAAAUCAAGAGAGCUAAAGUCGGUUUUGGAGGAGAAGUAUUAUCAGUGGUUUGCCACUUAUUUGGUGGACACACGCGCCAAACAGGAGCCAAACUUCCACGAUCUCUACAUGAAAAUGCUUGACAUUGUGAACGACAAUCACCUCAACAAGCAGAUCAUUUCGAGCACGUAUGCUAGCAUCAUCGCGAUUUUGAACUCGUCCGACACUGCGAUCUCCGCGCAGGAGCGUGGUCGACUAAAGAACUUGGGAUGCUGGCUGGGUUACCUGACGCUCGCGCGUGACAAACCCAUUAAGCACAAGAACAUUGCAUUCAAAGACCUUUUGAUCGAGGCCUUCGAUACCAAUCGGCUUACUGUCGUGCUACCGUUUGUGUGCAAGGUUCUGGAGAUGGUGACAAAGUCACGAAUUUUUAAACCUCCCAGUCCCUGGGUCAUGGGAAUUCUCAAAGUCAUGGCCGAGCUUUACCAGUUUGCGGAACUCAAGCUGAAUCUAAAGUUUGAGAUUGAGGUGUUGUGCAACUCGCUGGGCGUUGAGCUGAACAGUUUGGAGCCGUCGACGAUUCUUCGAGAGCGACCGCUCAAGACCGAGGCAAUUGACAAUGCCGCUCGACCGGCUGGAAUUGAUGUCAACAGAGAUUUCGACCGUCUGUCGCUGUCUGGAUACAACAGAGUCGAUGGCCGUUUGUCUGUACGACCUUCUGAUGGGAUAAACAUUGGAACCCCGUCCCUGCCGACAAGCUACCCACAGACUUCGGCAGGCGGUGCGCUGACUACACAUCCAGCCAUGAAGAAGAUUUUGCAGACUGCGAUCGAGAAGUCAAUCAGGGAGUUGAUCACUCCGGUUGUCGAGCGAUCGGAUACGAUUGCGCAGAUCGCGACGAAGGAGCUCACGACUAAAGAUUUUGCUUUGGAGGGUGACGAAGAGAAAUUGCGCAAGGCUGCCCACAACAUGGUCCACUACCUUGCCAGCAGUCUUGCUCUAGUUACCUGCAAGGAGCCUCUGCGAAUCAACAUCGGGACCAACUUGCGUGCCCUGCUGGUCGCGAGCGGCUACCCUGAAUCAUCGUUCAGUCCGGAGGUUCUGAACGCGACGAUCAAUGAGCACCUGGAUGCUGCGUGUGCAGUGAUCCAGAAGGCGGCAGUCGACAAGGCUAUUGCCGACAUUGAUGAAGUUCUUGCACCUGCUUACGCAGUUCGUCGACGACACCGCGAGCUGCGGCCUAAUCAGCCAUUCAUCGAACAAUCGGCCUCUCGAUAUGCGCUGCAGCUUCCGGAUCCAUUCAGGCUGAAGCCUCCUGGCUUGACGAGACAGCAACUGAUGGUCUACGAGGACUUUGGCAAAUUCAAGCUUGGUGGUCUCGGUCCUGAUGGACUUCAGGUUGGAGAGUUUGGCGCUGCUGUCGAUCACGCGGGUGCUCCGCUCGCAUCGCAAGCGUAUCUGUUGCAACAGCAGCAGCAAACCCAGAACGCACUGCUCGGCCAGUCUCAGAAUCUUGUGCAGCAGCAGCAGCAGCAGUCGAUUGGUAUGGCGGCGCACGGACAACCGCAAAACCGACUUAUGCCAGUUCUGCAGCAGCAAGGUUCACAGCAACCGGGUCACCAAUUCGAUGGACAGCUUCAUGGGCCGCAAACGCCUACGCAACCUCCGGUUGAGACUGUGGGCGGUAUGGGAGACAUCAGCCGGAUGAGCGCGACAGGCAAAAUGUCUGCGAUCGAGCAGACGCUGGCGUCUAUGCAGACCGCGAUCGACGCGAUGAUCAAGACGAUCAAGGAGUUACCGGAUGGAUCGUACGAGAAGCUGCCGGCGGACAGUCGAGUGAAGGCGAUGGUCAACUCGAUUCUGUCUGUGGCUAAUCGAAGCCCGCUUCGGGACCAGAUCAUUCUGCGAACCUCGCAGCUUACAGUCAGUGUUUUGUUUACAGUUGCUGAUUCUCAACUUGCUCGGGAGGCACUUGGAUAUUUGCUUGCCAGACUUUGCGACUUGUCUGCGGCGACCUCGAAGGAGGUUGUGUUGUGGUUGAUUUUGUCAGAAGAUGAGCGGAAAUUUAACGUUCCGGUGAUGAUCACGUUGAUGAGACUCGGACUGGUGCAUCCACAAGAGCUGGAUCUCAAUCUGGCGAAGCAGCUGACGGCCCACCGAUUGCCAGCGAUUGAGUUUAUUGCGAAUCUUAUCCAUGAAGCUCUGCUGGGGGAGAACCCGUGUGCGCUGCGUACAGACUUUUCGCUGUGCUUGGAAGCGAUGGAGAUGCUUGCAUCGGAGGAGCAGCCAGAGCAGAUUGCGAUCCAGCUUAUCCAGGCGCUUGAGAAUGCAGCUCUUCCGGCGCUGCCAGGCUCGGAUAUCACGGAGAAGGAGAUGAUGCGGUACAUAUUCAAUGAAUGGGUACGGCUUAUUCAGCAUCCUGCGCAGAGCGAGAAGCUUCUGAAUGUGUUUAUUCUGCAGCUUGCGGAGAAAGGAAUUCUGGAUGAUGACAAGUAUCUGGGAGUGUUUUUCCGGAACGCGCUUGAGUUCUGCAUUGAUGCGUAUGCGAAGGAUUUGCAGCUGCGGAUGAUGAACAACGCGGUGAGCACGAAGGAGGGCGUUAUUUCGGUUGACGCGCUUGCGAAGCUUACGGUAAUGCUGUUCAAGAUUCAUGACGAGCAAGGGGAGACGCGGAAGAUUGUGUAUCUGCGGUCAAUUUUGAGCGUGCAUGCGCUUGUGUUUGCGCAGAAUCAUGAAAGCCAGGGAGAAGGGUUUAAUGGACAGCCGUUUUUCCGACUGUUUUCGAGCAUUAUGUGCGAGUUUGUUGAGAUUGGGGAGACGAUGAGCGAGCACAAGGAGGAGUUUUAUACGCUGAUGGCGGAGAUUUUCAAGGCGUUGCAGCCGGUUGCGUUCCCCGGGUUUACGUUUGCGUGGAUGACAUUAAUUUCGCACCGGAUGUUUAUGCCGAAGAUAUUGCAGCUUGAGCAGAAGAAGGGGUGGAAGUCAUUUGCGGAGCUGAUUGAGCUGCUGCUGAAGUUUAUUGGACUGCACGUUGUGGGAUCAGAUUUGCCGGAGAGCAUUCGGUAUAUAUACAAGGGCACGCUGCGGAUAGUGCUAGUGCUGCUGCAUGAUAUUCCAGAGUUUUUGGUGCAGUAUCACUACACGUUGUGCAACGCGGUGCCGAUAUGCUGUGUGCAGCUGAGGAAUCUGAUUUUGAGUGCGUUCCCGCAGAGCAUGGCGUUGCCGGAUCCGUUUGCGCAAGGGUUUAGGAUUGAGACGCUUGCGGAGUGCAAGCAGGAGCCUGUGCUUGCGGUUGACCCCGCGGAGGACUUGCGCACGUUUGGGAUGCUUGAGUUUGUGAAUGGGUAUCUGCGGUCGAAGAACGCGAGCGGGAUUUCGCUGAAGCCACUGCUGGAGGUGCUGACGACGAAGUCGCGGACGGAGAUUGGGCUCGGGUUCAAGACGGUGUCGACGAACACGCAAGCGAUGAACGCGCUGGUGCUGUAUGUGGGACAGCAGGCGGUUGCGGAGAUGAUUAGUAAGAGUUCAGGAGAAGAGGCGGUGGUGUUUGAUGGAAAGACAAACUACGUUUCGUUUCUGACGAGCCUCGUGCUUGAGCUGGGACCGGAGGGGCGGUUCUUUUUGCUGAGCGCGAUGGCGAACCAGCUGCGAUAUCCGAACAGCCAUACGUUUUACUUUACGAGUCUGAUUCAGCAUCUGUACGAGACGGCAGCGCUGGGCGGACAGCAGCAGGAUAUUCAGGAGCAUAUUGCGCGCGUUGUGUUGGAGAGGUUGUUGUGUCACCGACCGCAUCCAGUGAUGGGGCCUCCUCAUUGCGCAGGGCGUAUGCCGAUCAGAUGUACGGCAGCGAGUGCCGGGGCUGAUUGAGUGAAUGAGUGAAGUGUAUCAUAGAGAGAAGAGUAUGAUAGAGGAGAGAGAAGAUGAGUAUUUGAGUAAUUAAAGACUGAGCAGUUUAGUCGAUGUUUGUUUGUUUGUGUUGAUGUUUGUGUUUGUGUUGAUGUUAUGCAGAUAUGUUUAUGUUGAUAUGUUAUUGUAGUUAUUGUAUGAACUUGUUGCUAUACUAUAGUUAUGAAGAGCGAGUAGAAGUAGAUAACAAUGUUACGUCAUUGCUGAUGACAGACAGACGCUGGCAGAAAGAAAAGGUUUUGGCGGUGCUCGAGGGCUAGGGCUGGUGUGGCUGGUGUUGGGUUAGGUGAGAGGAGGUAUUUGAGCGAGGGGUUUAGAACCCCUUAGAAAGCAGGAAGAGAGCAGAUGAGUUGUGGUGUUAUGACAAGAAGAGGAAGUAAUAGUUAU